UAGUACUGUUGUAAGUUCUUCUCUUUUCCCUUUCUUGAAAACUCCAUCUCCAUCUCCAUCUCCAUCUCCAUCUACAUCUACACAUACAUCCACCAGCGUUGUAAAUGCGCCGUUCGUUUCCCAUGCAUCGCUGCCCAUGCCCCUCCACGGUUAUGGGUUUUUUGCGCAAGGGGACUUCGGAGCCGGUUGCCGACUCUCUUUCGCUGUCUCUCUCCCUCCCUAGUUACUGUCUCUGCCUCUGUCUCUCUGACUCUCUGACUCUCCCCCAACCGCAAACUCAAAUCCCUCCAUCCUCCAUCAAAACUAAAAUAAGCGCGUCAUUAUUCAACAUCGCUUGCAUUGAAUUGUAAUCCAGCGGCGAACGUUGUCCAGCUCAUUCUAUCGCCGCUAUUCUUUAUAAUCCGUUUUUUCUUUCAUCAUCAUCAUCAUCAUCACCCCUGUCCUUCCUUCUCUCUAAGCAGUACUCUUCCUGCCCUGUUUCCUUCG